GGCCGAGCGGCGGCGCGGGGCGGGCGAGGCGAGGCCGCGGCGGGGCUGUGGGCGGCCGGGCCCGGCGGAGGCUGUGCCCGCCGUCGCUCCUCGGCGGAGGCGCCGCGUGGCCCCAGGCCUCGGCCUGCGGGGCCGGCCCGGGCUCAGCAUGCCCGGCGUGAAGCUGACCACCCAGGCCUACUGCAAGAUGCUGCUGCACGGCGCCAAGUACCCGCACUGCGCCGUCAACGGGCUGCUGGUGGCCGAGAAGCAGAAGCCGCGCAAGGAGCACCUGCCGCUGGGCGGCGCGGGCGCCCACCACACCCUCUUCGUGGACUGCAUCCCCCUGUUCCACGGCACGCUGGCCCUCGCCCCCAUGCUCGAGGUGGCCCUCACCCUGAUUGAUUCGUGGUGCAAAGACAAUAGCUAUGUGAUCGCGGGUUACUAUCAAGCUAAUGAGCGAGUCAAGGAUGCCAGUCCAAACCAGGUUGCGGAGAAGGUGGCCUCCAGGAUUGCAGAGAGCUUCAGCGACACAGCUCUCAUCAUGGUGGACAACACCAAGUUUACGAUGGACUGUGUAGCACCCACCAUCCACGUGUACGAGCACCACGAGAGCCGAUGGCGCUGCAGAGACCCCCACCAUGACUACUGUGAAGACUGGCCCGAGGCUCAGAGGAUCUCGGCGUCGCUGCUGGACAGCCGCUCCUACGAGACGCUCGUGGACUUCGACAACCACCUGGACGACAUCCGGAACGACUGGACGAACCCGGAGAUCAACAAAGCCGUGCUGCACCUGUGCUAGGCGGGCCGGGGCCGGGGCUGCGGGCGCUCCCCC